CACCGUCGAGAGUGGCUCGAUCAAAAAUCCACUCCGUUUGUGGACGUUGUGCCCACUGUUGAGCUCAAAACCGGAAAAAAACAGACGUAAUACGCACUCCACCGCAGUCUGUGAUUAUCCUCGUGCCCUUGAGACGCUUCGAGGUCUCAGUGGGCCUCGAAAAUUCAGAUCUCAUAAUUAGUAGUCUGAAAUUCGGUCUUGUGGUUUAUUUUUGAUCGUUCAAGGGACUCUUUGUAUUGGUUUAUUUCACUUUCUCCUGGAGUUUUUUUUCAUUGGGAACGAGUUGUUUCCGAUAAUUUCUCCUUUUCGUUUCUGUGGCAAUUGUUAGUGGUGCAGUGAUCGAGAACACUUGGGGAGGAGAGACUGUUCGAGGGGAUUCUUGAUAAGAAUAAAGUCGAGUUUUGUUGUUGUCUGGGGGAGGAAUAAUUCCGAUAAUAAUGCCGUAUCGUGGAAAAUUACGACAACUGGGGAAGGCCUGUGUUGCCCACUGUAAUUCUGGGUUUAUCAGAGUUAGGAGUGGUGCAACAGCUGGUGCUCACGAGGCUAGGUGUUUUUCUACCAGUAAGAGUAACGACAUGAGGUUUGUACAAUUUGUAAAUAAAAAUGGUGGACCCCAGCACUUGGGAGUUCAGUUGAAAGCUGGUGGGGACAUAAUAGCUAUUUCCUCGAUAGACUCCAGAAUUCCCAACAAUCUCAGAAAGUUCCUUGAGGGAGGAGAGGUCCUCGCUCAAAAAGCCAGACGGAACGGUGAUACCAAUCUGAGUGAUUACGUACAGAGAAUAAUUGCCGAAGGACGGAGUGUAAUCGCCGAGGCGGAUGUGAAUUUCUUGGCACCGAUCAAUCGUAUGGAUAAGUUAGCAUGCGUUGGACUUAAUUACAGUGGACACUGUCAAGAGCAGGGUCUUGAACCACCAAAGAGCCCCGUUAUCUUCAGCAAAUUUCCGAGUAAUAUCGUCGGGCCUACUGAUAAUGUCGUGUUACCUUCGAUUUCUGAGAAAGUCGACUGGGAAGCAGAGUUAGCGAUAGUGAUUGGGAAGACCGCCAAAGGCCUGAAUAAUCACGAUGCAGAGGACUGCAUAUUCGGGUACACAGUCGCCCAGGAUAUCUCGGCGAGAGACUGGCAGAAGGGGAAGAGGAACGGGGGUCAGUUCCUCCUGGGAAAGGCCAUGGACACAUUCUGCCCACUUGGCCCAGCAGUCGUUACCAAAGAGGCCAUCCCUGAUAUUCAUAAUCUCACAGUCAAAACCUGGGUCAAUGGGGAUUUGAAGCAGAAUGGGAACACCAGUGAACUUAUCUUCAAACCUCGGGAUAUUGUCGCUUACAUUUCACAGUUUAUGACGCUGUUACCAGGAGAUGUCAUUCUCACUGGAACCCCAGGAGGUGUAGGCUUCGCUCGUAAUCCUCCAGAGUAUCUAAAGAAAGGAGAUGUCCUCGAGACAGAAAUCGAAAGCAUCGGUCGCCUAAAGAACAACGUCGUCUCGGCUUGAGCCCAAGAUGAAUAAUUAAUCAUCCCUGUGCCAUCUGUAAACAAUCCAUCGACGUUCGAAGAAAAAUGAAACAGAAGCUUUACGAAUAUUACCACUGACAAACUUAUACAUUACACAAUUCCCAUGAAUCACUUUUUCUUAUUUGCCAGAUUUGUUAAAUAUGUUUUUUUUUAUAAAUUCGCAAUUGUAGGUAGGAUUGUACAUUGAAGUACAUUACAUACAUUUGUAAUGAUAAGUCCUCUGCAGUAAUCUAUGAAUACCAUUAGCUGGAGAAAUCAACAAAUAUUUUAAUAGUACUUCGAAAUAUCAUAAUUUAUAUACUUUUGUGUAGAUAUUUUUAGAUAUUUUGAAUAAAAAAUAGCUGAUUUAUUGCCACA